UGGACUGAUGCGAGGGCAGGUGAUACUUAAUGCAGAGCAGUUUCUUUUCAGCUGCAAAUAGAUUAUUAUUGGCCGCCUCUUUUGCUUUCUUGGUUGUUGAAAAGCUUAAGAAUUAUCACUCUUUUUUCUAUAAGAUAAAACGCGGGCAUCUUUGUGCAGGAAGCUCGGAAAACUAAAACAACAUGACUCUACGAUUAAGCUGCGUUUUUCUACUUGCCUUUGUAGGUAAGUUUGCAUUUGAAACUUGCUCGUCAUCGACCGAAGCAAUAUUUACAAUGCAGAGGGUUUGCAUUUUGUUAAGCACUAAUCAAUCCUCACAUUGCUGAAACAUCCCUUUGGAAAUGAGAAGCUUUUUUGACCUUUUAAGUAUUUUUUUCUGUCCAAAUUAACGAGUCGAAGUACUCCGACCACAAGGGCUAUGUUUGUUUACAAUGAAAUACGGUAAAAUCGUGAACCUUUGCAUACAGUAAGCGAAGCUAUCUGUUCCGUUAUGAUUUCUUUUUUCUUUUAAUGGAGAACAACUGAAGAUUAUUUAGAUCUCAAACCGUUAUAUUUAAGAGGUAGUUUACCUUGUGAUUUAUUGGUGAUAUGGUGGUUCGCAUUUUGGAAGAUCAGAAUUUGUUACAUGACAACAAUUUAUUCGUCUCCAUUUCAAUUAAAAUAGAUGGAAAUAAUCUCUUUUAUCAACUUUCUCAGCUUUGGGAAAAAAAUCUUCCAAAACGUAUCAAAGAGAGGUACUGAUGAUUUUUGAGAGGUUUUACAUAUCUCUGUGAUAAUAGAUGCGAUUUGUUUUAACGACUUUUGGGUUAAUAAAGUGCAACACUUUUGCUCUGAGCUGAGGUGUCUCAGUAAAUUGAUCUAUAAAAGACCGUAGUUCCCUUACCACAAUAUAAAUAAUUUCAACAGGAAUUAUCUUGGAUUCUUAAUACUGAAAAUUAGAAGACCUAGAUUUGCUAACAAGUUUUUACAGGAAAACAUUGUUAGAGCUGUACAAUACAUUGUCUUCAGUGCCAACUCGUUUUCAAUUUCGAAUGACAAUAAAAUUUUAAUAUUUAUUCAACGCAGUGCAAUGAAACCAAAUGUCGGUUUCAAAAGUCAUCUCACUAUCAUUUUCAUUUAUCGGUCCAGUUUCAUAAUUUAAAGGAGAACGAUUUUCAUUUCCCUUUCUGGUAAGAAAAAUUAUAUUGAGGUGGAUCAAACUCAAUUUGCUAUUUUAAAAUAUUUAUCAUGCAGUUCUUUCAGCGACUGUAUUUUACGAAAACCAGACUUCGAAAAGCUGACUGCCAGUUAUCUUUAUUAAAUUCACAACCAAACAAGAAGCUUCUAAUUAACGAGGGCGAAUACUUAUAACCCUACUGUUUUUCUUUUCUUGCAAAUUUUCGGUUUUCAAGAACAUGUCUUGCUCUACCAUGACAACGUCGAUUUGUUUUGCACCAAACGCAACUCACAUGAUCAUUGAUUUGAAUUUAUUGAUACUUUUGUCAUUUCGGUGAAUUGAAUAUUUUUUGUGUUAGUUAAGUUGUUUCCUUUGGAAAAAAAUCGAAAGAACUUCGAGUUCAAACUAUGUAAACAGUAUUCAGGUUAUUGCAAACUAGUGGUUCGAACGCUAGAAUAACUUGAACUAACUCGAACGUGCCAUGGGUGUGAUAAAAAAUCGAACGAAGGCUCACGGAAAAAAUGAGAAAAAAAAACGAGAUUGUGAUAAAACAGAGAGCUUCGACGAUUUUGACUUUUUCUCUAAACAUUUCCACUUGUGACUUGGAUAUUUUUUUUUCUCCGUAUGUGUGCGUGUGUGUGUGGGUGAGGGUGUGUGGGGGGGGAGGGGUUAUGUUUUGAUAGAUGUCAUCAUCAUGGACUUACCGGCAUCACUUUAAUGGGCUAAAAAAUUCACCAUGCAAAGUGGCACAGUCAAUCUUUGGCAAAACUCUAUAAUUCGCUAGUUAUGCUUACCCAGGCACUCAAUUCGGCGCCAACGAAGUGUGAAACCACCUUGUAAACCGCCGGCUGAAGUAAAGUUUGAAUAGAUAUAACAUAGAAUGUUUUUCUUCUCAGCUGCCACUCUUUUGUCAGCUUUUGCGGCUGAUUUUAGCGACACAGCAUGUGGCGGUAUGUGCAUGAAAGUCCUUCGCAGGUCUGGAAAGGUUCUGUUUCGUCGUUGUCGUAACAACAAGGCUUUUGCCAAAGCCUUCACUGUAGAAAUGGAUGUCAUUAAGCAACUGGGGGCGAAUGGCACAGAUAUGGGAAAGAAUCGAUCAAUAGAUCCUAAAGCUCAAGAUUUCACCAUGGCAAAACUGAACAAAUCCGCUGUGUUGCAAGGCCUGAAGGCGAUGAAGCUCUCCGCCAAGGCUCACUUCAAGGCUCAAAAGGCAAAUCUGCACGUUGACAUCUACAUUCUUUGCCAAAACGGAACGAUCAAAUUCGAUGAUGAUGAGAUAGAAAUGAAAACUGGCUCCAUGAAAUUAUUCCUGAAGGUACACAAUCAUUAUUCAUUAAUCUAUCAUGUUAUCUCUGUGACUAGACAUUAUAAUCACUUAGGGGUAGCGUUACCUAGUUUCUAGAUGGUACCAAAUAGGACAACCUAAAGGACUAAGCUAUUUUAACUUGACUCCACUAAAUUUAUUUUUUAGUUUAAUUUUAGACGAGAACAGGUCUCCUUUUUUCCCGAACUAAGCCACUUUCAGGGAAGAAACUUAGAGCUAAAUUAACAAUAGAGAGAUUGUUUCGAGCGCGGGAAACCUUUAAUGAUCCGCUGAGUUAUUUCCAACAUGAUUAAUCUUACUCAAUUGCAAAACAUAAUGAAAAAUUUGUCAUCAACCCUUUAGCUUUGUAGAGAAUGUCCUAGUUUGGGCUAACCUAGGCAUGUUUAUCUUUCCCUAAGACAGACAUGUGCUCGCAUGGAGAUAGAAGAAAUCAUUAGUUUGUCUUUUAACCUUAAACUUGUGACAGGCAUUUUUGAGUGACGAACUGGGUCCACCUCAGCUUGGAUUUGUUUGAAAUAUGAACCAGACUGACUCAGAAGGUGGUGCGAGACAAUCGCAGAGUUAAGUGAAAAACAAAAAAAAACAAAAAAAACAAAAGGACAACGGCAACAAAAACGACGCAAUCCCAAAUAAGCUAGAGAUUGAAUUGAAAGUUCUUUAAUUGUUUCCCUUAGUACGCCAAAUAGGUUCAAAAUUUGACUGUUUUUUUUUAAAGCUUGAAAACUAUACUUCCAGUGAGGCGAAGGAUAUUGAGUUGGGACUCAUUGUCCAGGGAAGAAAGGGUCAAAACCCAAGGAAAGACGAAGACAUCAAAGACAGUGACGGUAAACAAAAGAAACUCAAUCGAAAAAUACCAUGCCGGAAAACAGGUAAAUGCGGCAAGCAUUUCCGCUUUGGCGGUGGAGACGAUACCGACGAUGAAAUGUCAGCUGCUAGUAAGGUAAAGUUCUGAGUGAAGUUAUUAUGCAACAGAUCUAAACCAUCCUUUCUUUUGGUUGUCUUGCGUAAUGAUCCAAGAGGGAUGACUUUAGCAAAUAGUGAAAACAUUCAAUGACUCGCCAGUCAGUGAUCAACAAAACUUUUAUUUUAACGGGUUGUUGUGUUUGUUGUUGUUUUUGUUUCUUUGUUUGUUGUUUUCUGUUCUUUUUCCCGCUGUUUUCUAGAUAAGUUCAAUUUGAAAACCGCCUCCUGGAGAGCGUUUGCAGACAAUUAUAUUCCCCUAAUAUUAUUUCUCACUUCUAACAAUUUUAAUCUCAUUUUUUCCUUUCAUUUUUGCUUUACUAGUGCAAAGUAAAUGGCAAAUUUGCCAACUUCAGCAGCGGUGGCUACCCAAAGCUCGAGAAGGUCGGCAACAAGUAUAGGAUUGCUUUCCGAGUACCCGCCAAUCUCAGCAGAAGCAUUGAAAUUGACCCAGGAGUGACAUUGGGGGAUGAACUUAAGGACGAAGACGACAAAGACGAUAAAGAAGGCAACGCAGUUUCCGUUCAGCUGAAUUUUUUUUUGCUUUUCGUGAUGCUGGCAGCCAUAUUCGCGUUUAACUGAGAACAGUGAAGUUUUACGUUAGGCUUUUGAAAAGCUAUAUAUGUUGUUUUUUUUAAUCUGAUGUAGCUCACAUCAAGAAACCUGUGAUAGUACCACCCCUCCCUCCCCUUCCUCGCAUUUUUGUUUCCUUUUUCUUACAUUCAGAAUUCCCACGUAAUACUGAUGCUUAACGAUGAUUCCUUUUUCUAAUGCAAUGCUUAAUGUGAAGUUUUGAGAGGCAGCGAGUGAAGAAAUAAGGGAAAUAAGAGCUGUUUCCAAUCUCUUCUCGUUUUCUCGAGCCCAUUUGCUUCGCUAGCGAAGUGUUUAUGGAAAUACGUUGAACAGGCAGUAGUUGUACUUGCAUGGUCAUAUAACGCUUUGAUUAUCCUUUUCAAAAUGUAAUAGCUUAAUAGCCUAGUCAUUUGUAUGUUACACUCUACACGCUGAAUUGAUUGUUACAUUUAAUAAAACCAUUUGCACCUGAGUU